AUGGGGGGCCCCCCCCUGCCCCACAAGGCCUUCUACCCCCCGGGAGCCCCCCUCCCCGGCUGUGUCCGGGCGCUGCAGCCCUGGGACCCGCCCGGCCCCGAGGCCACCCCCGAGCUGGAGGAGCCACCGAGCUGUCACCACGGGCGGCACCGCGGCCACCGCGGGGACAUCGGGCCACACCGCGGGGACAUCGGGCCACACCGCGGGGACAUCGGGCCACACCGAGGGGACAUCGGCCACCGCCACGGAGGGGACGCCAUCGGGGGACACCGCGGGGACAUCGGGGGACACCGCGGGGACAUCGCCGCCCGCAUCGGGCGCCUGCAGCAGGCCCAGCUCUGGAGUUUCCCCCCGGGUCCCGUGUCCCCCCCCCGGGCUCGGGCCCUGCCCCCCCUCCAGCAGGUCUGGAGCCUGCUGCACCCCGAGAAAAGGACGUUCCCGGCCAAAAGGGGGGGGGGCGCAGCUGAAGAGGGGGGCGGCCCCCCCCGACCCCCCCGCGGGGCGAGCCGCCCACCCCCCUGA